AAAUUCAGAUCUGGUGUCAACGACUAGUGAUCCAGCUGCCAAGUACUAUUAUUACACACAACAGAGUCUAAAAACAACACACACAAAUACUAUCUCCACAACUUAAAACAGCAAAAAUCAAAGCCACACUAUCUAAAAACUGGCAGUUGAAGAAUCCAUUCCAGAAUUUAAGUGCCGGCAAUGUGAGUUAGAGGAGCUACAUUUAUAGUAAACAAAAACCCUGUGACUCUCAUUUCUCCAAUAUUAUCAGCCUCACCUACCGCUCAUAACACGUACUUAGUGGCGUGCUACUAAGUAAAAAUAAUUCCCAAGAGCUCCGAGACUUGAGUUAGUUUAACUUCAAUGGCUGCGUAUCGAGGCGACGAUGACUAUGAUUAUUUGUUUAAGGUUGUUAUCAUUGGUGACUCAGGUGUCGGCAAGUCGAAUCUUUUGUCAAGAUUUACUAAAAAUGAGUUUAGCUUGGAUUCGAAGUCUACUAUUGGCGUUGAGUUUGCUACUAGAAGUAUUCGUGUCGAUGAUAAAGUCGUUAAGGCUCAGAUUUGGGACACUGCUGGCCAAGAAAGAUAUCGGGCAAUUACUAGUGCAUACUAUCGAGGGGCAGUGGGGGCUUUGCUUGUCUACGAUGUUACUCGACACGUUACUUUUGAAAAUGUUGAGAGAUGGUUGAAAGAAUUGAGAGACCACACGGAUGCAAAUAUCGUGAUAAUGCUGGUAGGCAAUAAGGCUGACUUGCGUCACUUGCGUGCAGUUUCUACUGAGGAUGCAAAGGCUUUUGCUGAGAGGGAGAAAACUUACUUCAUGGAGACAUCCGCUCUGGAGUCCAUGAAUGUUGAGAAUUCCUUCACAGAAGUUCUCAGCCAAAUACAUCAUAUAGUCAGCCGAAAAGCCCUUGAAAUGGGGGAUGAUCCUGCUGCAUUACCCAAGGGACAGACGAUCGCUGUUGGUUCUAAAGACGAUGUUUCUGCAGUGAAAAAAAUUGGUUGCUGCUCUCUCUAGUUAUACUAACAGUUGAGUUGCAUAUGCUUUCGACUCUCAGAGAUCCUUAAUUUCCUAUACGUCUCGACUAUUUCCUAUUGCCAUUUCAUAUUUUUUGUGAUGAUAUGAGAUUAUCUCGAGAUAGUUGUUGAUGCGGAGUUUGAGAAAGCACUGGUAUUAGCAAUUGUUUAUUCAAGGCCAGUUCUUGAUCUCUGCUAUCCUUUUCAAGAGUUUUUUCAUCUGUAUUGUUUCAUUUCUCUAAAGAUAUGGCUUGAUAUUGUACUUUGAUUUCUAUAGAACCUUUUCAGUUCUUUUCUUGAA